AUGGGUUUGAAGGCUACUGACAAAUUUGCUACCAAAGCUAUUCACGCUGGUUCUCACGUUGAUGUCCACGGUUCUGUUAUUGAACCAAUCUCUUUAUCUACUACAUUCAAGCAAUCUGCUCCAGCUCAACCUAUCGGUGAAUAUGAAUACUCUAGAUCUCAAAACCCAAACAGAAAGAACUUAGAAGAUGCCAUUGCCGCUUUAGAAAACGGUAAAUAUGGUUUAGCCUUCUCUAGUGGUUCUGCUACAACCUCUGUUAUCUUACAAUCCUUACCUCAAGGUUCUCAUGCUGUUUCUAUUGGUGAUGUUUACGGUGGUACUCACAGAUACUUCACUAAAGUUGCCAACACUCAUGGUGUUGAAACUACUUUUACCAACAACUUGGUCGAAGAAUUACCACAAUUGAUUAAGGAAAAUACCAGAUUAGUCUGGAUUGAAUCCCCAACUAACCCAACUUUGAAGGUUACUGAUAUUGGUUUAGUCUCUCAAACUAUCAAGUCAUUAAAGAAAGAUAUCAUUUUAGUUGUUGACAACACUUUCUUAUCUCCAUACUUAUCCAACCCAUUGAACUUUGGUGCUGACAUCGUUGUCCACUCUGCUACUAAAUACAUUAACGGUCACUCUGACGUUGUUUUAGGUGUUUUAGCCACCAACGACAAGGAUAUCUAUGAAAGAUUACAAUUCUUGCAAAACGCUAUUGGUGCCAUCCCAUCUCCAUUCGAUUCCUGGUUAGUUCACAGAGGUUUGAAAACUCUACACUUACGUGUUAGACAAGCUGCAUUGAAUGCUACUAAGAUCGCUGAAUUCUUGGCUAGUAACGAAAAUGUUAUUGCUGUCAACUACCCAGGUCUACCCUCAUCCGAAAACUUCGAAGUUGUCAAGAAGCAACACAGAGAUGCUUUGGGUGGUGGUAUGAUUUCCUUCAGAAUUAAAGGUGGUGCUGAAGCCGCUUCCAAGUUCUCAUCUUCCACUAGAUUAUUUACUUUAGCCGAAUCUUUAGGUGGUAUUGAAUCAUUGUUGGAAGUUCCAGCUGUCAUGACUCACGGUGGUAUUCCAAAGGAACAAAGAGAAGCCAGCGGUGUCUUCGAUGAUUUAAUCAGAUUAUCUGUCGGUAUUGAAGAUUCUGAUGAUUUAUUAGAUGACAUCAAGCAAGCUUUACAAGGUGCCACCAACUAA